AUGUCCGCUCACCUACAAAAUUCUUACAGGCGGUCGAGCGCGUUAGGGCGCGCUCUACUGCGCCGUUCCAACAAGAAUGCAUAUCGUUCCAUGUCAACAUUCCCUCGCCGGCCAUAUACCUUUCACAUUGGCGCCAGCUGGGCAGGAAAACCUACGUCAGGAAACGAAAUGAAGAAAAUACCUUUUCCCGAAGACAGCCCCAUAGGCAUAUGGCGAGACCAAAUGCUUUCAUGCACAGUUCCUGGUGCAAUACCGAACGAGGCGACGAAAUGGGCCCCAGAUGCAGGAGAGGACUUUUUCUACGUAACAGAGGUGUUCACCCAUAGAAAUAAGCUACGUGUCGCCGACUUGUAUUCCUUCAAGGGUGUCUCCUUUGGCGUGGCCGACGGUGUUGGUGGGUGGGUAGAGAGUGGGGUCGACCCUUCGCUGUUCUCGCAAGCCUUCAUGUAUCAUGCUCACCGAUACUCACGGAAUGCCUGGGCCGGUGAGCCAGAGAUCGACCCGACCCUCGACUAUGCUGAACGCGAAGAGGUAGAAGGGUGGGAAUUAACGCCACUGGAGAGCAUGGCGCUCUCAUACCAUGGCGUACUGAGAGAAAAGCACGUACAGGCCGGCUCUAGCACGGCCUGUCUCAUCCAUAUGAAUGCAUCAUCAGGCCUCCUGCGAGCCGCAAAUCUAGGCGACAGCGGUUUCAUGAUUGUUCGGUCUUCGUCCGUAAUCUAUAAACAACGCGUUCAAACGCACUACUUCAACUGCCCAAAACAACUGACCAAAUUACCCUCCAACUCCACCCGUCGAUUCAAACGUGCCUGUGUGGACUCGCCAGGAGAGGCUGACACUUACGAAACUACCCUUCGAGACGGGGAUAUUGUUGUUGCUUAUACAGAUGGGCUCGGCGACAAUGUCUUUCCAGACGAAAUAGCAACAAUUACUUCCUUGGUAGGUCGGGCAGGUCUACCUGAAGAAGUUCAGGUUCAGGCUAUGGCAGACCGAAUGGCCAACUACGCAAGGUUGUGUAUGCUCAACAAGGGUAGGCGUAGUCCUUUCGAGAGCGAAGCCGCCAGGCAAGGCAUGUUCUUCCGGGGAGGAGUAAGUUUCAUUGGCUACUGGCAGUCCCCACUUACUCACGGAGUGUCCUAA